AUGUCUCGGGCAGUGCGCGAUCCGUUAACAGUUAAGAUUCUUUCGUUUUCCACUGAAAGAGUUUUUCCUUUCAAAGUUCUUCAGUUGUGCCUCCUGCUGCUGCUCCUGCUGGGCUCUGGCCAGGCUCUUGGCGAGCUCGGCUGCACCUCGGAUGGCUUUUGCUUUUGCACGGGCCAUCAGGAGGGUGACCUGGUGCCGGAUUGCACAGAUUGCAGAGCCUACUACAGGUGCGGCGCCGAUAACAUCAAGCAUGAGCUCUGCCCACCUGCGCUCAUCUUCGAUAUCCAGCAGCUCGCCUGUGUGCCUGGCAAGUGUCCACGCUCGGACGGCGAGUGCGCCAUUCCCAAUGUGACUACUACACCUACACCUACACCUACGCUCACACCUACACCUACACUUCCUCAUCCUGCACCACCUAGCAACUGCCUGCAGCAGGAGGUGGAGUGCAGCUUCCAUGGCCAGAUUCUUCCACAUGCCGAGCAUUGUCGCUUCUUCUGGACCUGCGUGGAGGAUUGCCCAGUGUUGGGAUUCUGUGAGCUGGGCAAAUGGUUUGACCGCCAGAAAUUCGUCUGUGACUUUCCCAAUAAUGUCCAAAACUGUCCCGUGGGCAGGGACUGA